CGGUGAAUCAAUUAACAGCAACAUGGCCAGAAAAGAACAGAGCUGGAAGAAUUUAGUGGCUCUUGAAACUUCUUUUUUACGCAAAAGUGGUAAAUAAAUAAAGAAUUAUUGUUUUUUAAUGAACAUUUGGUUCUUUAUGGGACAUUUUUGAAAGGUUCGCUUUGGUAAGAUGUAUUGCUGUGCAAUUUCACAGACAAAACACAUGCAUCUGUGUGCAUGCCCACAAAGGACCCCAGGUUCCUGGAACUUUCAGAAGCCAAAAGAGUAAUAAUUGAGGAGACAACAGGCACCGUGGGAACACACUCCAUUAAGCAAUUGCUAAGUCGAAGAAGUAAAAUUCACAGAAUAGAGAAGUAUUUUCUUUUUACUGAAACUGAGCACACACUGGAACAACACUAAACAAGACACACAUUCCCUUUUAUAUCAGUCAGACAGCAUUUAGGGCAGUUCAGAAAACAGGAAAGAUUUGGGUUUGACAGUUUUGCAACAAUCAAGUAUGAUGUAAAUGUUUCCUAGUUCCUCUUCAGGGGGUCUAAGGUAGGAAUCUCCUCUGAAUGCUCAGAAAGUGGAUCCAAGUGAAUCCAAGGCAUAGCCAGAUUUCUUACAGCAUUAUCCUUGCUAACUAAUGUUUAGUUCUUUGAUGCUUAACGAUGGGAAACAAAAGCAGCCGAAUCAGUGACCUGCUCUUACUUGUGCUCGAUGACCUUUCUCAGGAAGACUUCAAAAGGUUUAAAGACAAGCUCUCCUAUUCAGACCUCGAAGGAAAGCGUUUCAUAAUUCCCCGAAGUCGGCUAGAGAACGUGGACAGGGUAGACACCAAGAAUCUCCUGCUCAAGUGUUAUGGUGGAGAUGACGCAAUAGAUGUAACCAUACAAGUGCUCUCGGAUAUUAAUCAGAAAGAGUCUGCUGCUAAACUCAGAAAAGAGAAAGAGAAAGGUUUGGUGUCCGGUCAGAAAGCACUGGAGAUAUCACCAAAAGAUUACAGGAUUAAAUACAGGGAAUAUGUAUGGGAAGAAUAUCAAGUAAUUCAAGACAAAAAUGCCCUCCUUGGUCAAUGGGUGAACCUAAACAGAAGAUACACCCAACUCUUGAUCAUUCAGAAACAUUGCCUGCUGGAAGAGAAACAGCAUGAAAUUAUGUCCACAGGAAGGAAACAUGCCAAUAUGAUGGGCAAGCAAGCCAGUCCAGGUAGUAUUGCAGCUUUAUUUGAUCCCGACGAUAACAGAGUGAACCCUAGAACUGUCGUGCUCCAAGGACCUGCUGGGAUUGGAAAAACAAUGACCGCGAGGAAGAUUAUGUUGGACUGGGCAGUUGGCAAACUCUACCAAGGCAAGUUUGAUUAUGCAUUCUACAUAAACUGCAGAGAAAUUAACUUGAUGACUGAGCAGCAGAGUCUGAUUGAUUUAAUCUUUUGGAACUGUCCUGAGAGAAAUGCUCCCCUGGAAGAUAUUUUUGCAAACCCAGAGAGGCUCCUGUUCAUAAUCGACGGUCUUGAUGAACUGAAAUUUUCCUUAGAAUCCAAUAGGAAUCUGUGUUUCGAUCCUAGUCAAAAGAAGCCGGUGAAAGUUGUACUGAGAAGUUUAGUCAGGAAAAGCAUUCUUCCCAAAUCAUAUUUAAUCAUCACUACAAGGCCAAUUGCUCUGGAGCAACUGCAGAAGUGUCUGAAGUAUCCCCGCUACAUAGAGAUCCUGGGGUUUUCUGAGAAGGACAGGGAAGAGUAUUUCCACAAGUAUUUUGGGAAUGAGAGGCAAGCGGUACAAGCUUUUGGGGUUGUGAAAGCAAAUGAGAUGCUCUUCACCAUGUGCUUUGUCCCCAUUGUGUGUUGGAUCAUCUGCACUGUGUUGAAGCAACAGAUGGAUAGAGGAGAAGAUCUCGUGCAGACUUCAAAAACAACUACUUGUGUAUACAUGUUUUAUUUAACUAGCUUACUCAGAGAUCACAGUCCAGUGUUGGAAAGAGGUAAACAGAAACAUUUCCAAAACCUUUGUCUCUUAGCCAGAGAAGGAGUCUUGACAAGGAAAAUACUCUUUGAGGAUGAUGACCUCCAAAAACAUGGCUUAAAGGAGGCUGACAUCCGGUCACUCUUCCUUCACAAGAAACUUUUCCAGCAAGAUAUUGAUUGCCAAUCUGCCUACAGCUUCAUCCACUUAAGUUUCCAAGAGUUUUUUGCAGCCUUGUCCUACGUGCUAGAGGAAAUACCAGAAAUGGCCGACAAAUCAGAUAGCUGUUAUGACGACGUGAGAAAGUUGCUAAAAGAUUUUGGAGAAGGUGGAAAUGAGUACUUAGUGUUGACAGUCCGCUUUCUGUUUGGUCUUUUAAAUGAGAAAAGGAAGAAAACCAUAGAGAAAAGUUUAGGCUGCAAAAUUUGUUCAGAAACAAAACAAGUGCUUUUGGAGUGGAUCGAAGCUGAGGUGGCAUCAAAGAGCUGUCAAAAGCAAUCUGAGAUAUUCUGUUGCUUAUAUGAAAUUCAAGAAGAAGAGUUUGUGGGAAGAGCAAUGGAUUGUAUUCCUGAGAUUAAGCUGUACGAUAACUGCCUAGGGAACGCAUUCAACUCUCUGGUUCUUUCAUUUUGCCUGAGACACUGUCGUAAAGAACAGUCCUUCCAUCUUGGAUAUCUACUUUUUUUGUCAAGCUUAUAUUUUAAUGGAAGAGUGGAUGAAAACCUGCCUCUCCUAUUUGAAGGACUGAAGGAUCCAAGGUGUAAUGUAAGAGAGAUCUGUUUUAAGCGAUGUAAUCUCAGAGCUGUUUCCUUUGAGAUUCUUACCUCUGUCCUCACCAUGAAUCAACACAUCAGAGAAUUCAACUUACAGCAAAGCGACCUAGGAGAAGUGGGAGUGAUCAAACUCUGUCAAGCACUCAAGCAUCCCAACUGCAAACUGCAGACACUGAGGCGAGUACUCAUAGGUGCCUUUUAUCAAAAUCGUAAGGGCAGAACCUGGGUUACACUUGCCAGGGUUGCUAUCCAAAAUGGCCUUCUUGUGCCAAAGGAUACCCAGCCUGUCACUGGAGGAUUACGUUGCUGUAACCUCAGCCCCAAGUCAUGUGAGAAAUUAGCCUCUAUUGUUCCUAAAAACCAGAACCUGAGAAUGCUUUAUUUGGACUUUAACAAUAUAGGGGAUGCUGGACUAAUAGAGCUCUGCCAAAUGUUGGUGCAUCCAGACUGCCAACUGCAGGUACUCAGCUUGCUUGGUUGCAAUCUCACUGCUGCUUGCUGUGUGAAUCUUGCUUCUGUUCUCUGUAAAAACCAGUCCCUGCUAGAGCUGUCUCUAGGCCAUAAUGAAGAAAUGGGAGAGGCUGGCGUGCAGCUCUUAUGCGAAGGCCUUCAACAUCCAAACUGCAAAAUAGUUUCGCUAAGGUUGGAUUCAUGUGGACUGACAGAGGCAUGUUGGGAAGCCUUUUUGGCAGCUCUCAAAACAAACCAGUCUCUGCGAGAGCUUGAUCUACAAAAUAACGAUGAUUUGAAGAGGUACCUGGAAGCUGAUAAACGAAGCAGGAUUAGAAAAUUGAAGCAGCAUAACUUUAGAAUACAAAUAAGCUUAUAGGCCUACAACAUGGGGAAGGUGGGUUUGCUUUUUUCUAAUAAAGUUAAUUAGUGGUUGUCUAUUCUGUUAAAAUGAUAGUUUGAUUAUCUGUAUUUGAUUUAAAUUUUGUUUAGAGAUUUAUGAUAAGUAUAUGUGCACAUGUUCACAUUUCUUCAACCUUGUUUCCUAAAAGAAAAAAGCAGCUUUUUCAUUGCUGCUGGUGACAAACAGAAUUCUCCUUUCCAGUCUGUUGUCUUCUCCAUCUUUAGCCUCAUGCAGCAAGAAAAUCUCAAUUAUCAUUAAAUACAUAAGUGUGAUCAUAUUUACAAAAAGGUGUAAUUAAAUUGUGACACAGGAAAGCUAAAAAGGAGUACG